AUGCUCCUAUCAAAUAGCAAUCACAGCAUGGCCACAUUCAUUCUCUUGGGCUUCUCAGAUUACCCAGCCCUGCAAGUUCCUCUCUUCGUGAUUUUUCUAACCAUCUAUGCUGUCACUGUGGUAGGGAAUAUUGGCAUGAUCCUCAUAAUUAAAAUUAACCCCAAAUUGCACACCCCCAUGUACUUUUUCCUCAGCCACCUCUCCCUUGUGGAUUUCUGCUACUCCUCUAUCUUUGUUCCCAGAGUACUUGUGAACUUAGUUGCAAAAGACAGAGCCAUUUCAUUUUUGGGAUGUAUAUUACAAUAUUGUUUCUUUGCUGUCUUUGUGGUAACAGAAUCUAUGCUACUAGUGGUGAUGGCCUAUGACCGCUUUGUGGCCAUCUGCAGCCCCCUGCUCUACACAGUCGCCAUGUCCCAGAAGCUCUGUAUUACACUGGUGGUGGGAUCCUAUGCUUGGGGGCUAACAUGUUCCUUGACCAUGACAUGUUCUGUUGUGCAAUUAUCUUUUCAUGGGUUCAACACAAUCGAUCACUUCUUCUGUGAGUUCGCCUCCCUGCUUUCCCUCUCUUGCUCUGAUACUCACAUCCAAAAAAUACUUCUGUUCACUCUUUCUACCAUUAAUGCUGUCAGCACACUCCUCAUCAUUCUUUUGUCUUAUGUGUUCAUCCUUAUUACCAUCUUGAAGAUGCAUUCAGCAAGUGGGCGUCACAAGGCCUUCUCCACCUGUGCUUCCCACCUGACCACCAUCACCGUCUUCUAUGGUACCAUCAUGUUCCUGUACUGUGUGCCCAACUCCAAAAACUCUAGGCACACAGUCAAAGUGGCCUCCGUGUUCUACACAAUGGUGAUCCCCAUGCUCAAUCCCCUGAUCUACCAGUCUAAGAAAUAA